UAGGGAACGUCGCUUGGCAACACUCUUCCCCAGCUGAUAAUUCGGUCUGCUUUUUAUAAAUUUUUGCUAUUUAGUAAAAAACAAAAGAAAUUAUGCCUGUGGUAAAUGUGACGGCUGCCGAGGAGUACCAGAAGUACAUAAAUGGCGACAAGACGACCGUGGCGCUCUUCGCCGCCGACUGGGCGGAGCAGUGUGGUCAGGUGAAGGACGCGCUGGAAGAACUGUCCAAGAUUACUGGCGAGAAACUGCAGUUCAUCAGCCUAAACGCCGAACAAUUUCCAGAGAUUUCCAUGAAGCACCAGAUCGAAGCCGUGCCCACAGUGAUCUUCUUUGCCAAAGGCUCCGCUGUGGACCGCGUCGACGGAGUGGAUGUUGCCGCAAUCAGCAGCAAGACCAAGAAGUUGGCCGAAAGCGCCAGCAGUGCGGCGGCGACGGGACAAACGUUGGAGGACCGCCUGAAGGCCCUCAUCAACAAGGCUCCACUAAUGAUCUUUAUGAAGGGCGACCGGGAUGGCCCACGUUGCGGAUUCUCCAAGCAACUCAUCGCCAUUGUCAACGACACAAACUUGCCGUACGAAACGUUUGACAUCCUGGGCGAUGAGGAAGUGCGCCAGGGCCUGAAGACCUUCUCCGACUGGCCCACCUAUCCGCAGGUGUAUGUUAAGGGCGAACUGAUCGGCGGACUCGACAUCAUCAAGGAACUGCUGGCCAACAAAGAGCUGGAGGCCACACUCAAGGGUUAAUUCCAUCGGACUGCGACCUAUCCAUCAGGCACCCCAAACCAUGAACAAACUUUUGCUAAGCCCUUGGGCUUUUGUAUAGUUUAAUAAAGGAUUUUUGCUAACA